GGAGCCACCGAGAGAAGAGGCGUGUUUGCAGUUUUUUUGCCUCCUGUCCCUGUGAGCCCCGAGAGCGUGGAAUUUGUCACUGACAUAAUAACCCGGUUGUUUUGUUCCGCCGCUCAAGGGGGAUGGAAUCCUUUCCCCGGGACGGUGUCCUUCUUCUGUCUCGAACAAUGUCCGCUCCUUUUCCUUCCAUGCCCCUGGCAAUUCCACGACAGUCAACCGCACUGUCUGCGCAUCCUUGUAGGUCUCCUGUGUAAUUAUGGCCCGUCAUUGGGAAGAUACAGGGUACAGUUCUUCGAACCGAGCAAAAACUGAUGCUGCCGGAAAUAGUUUUGAAGUUGCGCUCGAUCCGGAAGUCCUUCGCGUGAUCUACGCGUGAAAGGGUUUAGGCUGCGCGUUCGGGUGGAGAGUUUUAUCUUACAGGAAGUGAGUUAGAUCUCCUGAGCUGGAUUGUUGUCUUUUGAGCAUUGUUUGGAAGAGCCUUGGGGAGUUCCGGUCCCAUAGGAUCGUUAUUUAGAGUAUCAAGGCAUAUCAUACAUGAAGCCGUUACCCAUCAAACUCUAUUCCAUUUCGAAUGUGAGACUCUUCUAGACACUCUAGCCAAUCGUACAUUCUUUCGAGCAAAUGGCCCGCACACGUGAGCUCCAAAUGACAGUUUGAUAACGAGCUAACAAUUCUACUAUUCGCGAUAAUGAGCUUUAAACACCUCAUUAUGACAGCUCGAUUUCGACUGCUCGAAGUUGAAAAUUAAACCCUCACAAUCGGCCGUUCCCGAACGCGCGCCCGAAUCGAUUUGUGACCUGCAGACUGGCAGACAGUUACGCUUACGACCGGCGAGCAAUUGCCGUCUGGUGUUGUUAAUUUACAUUUGAUAAGGCCGGCUGCCACAAACAUGUGCAACAAAUGAAAAAGGAAAGGUUUAGCAGUCCGAGGGUACAUUCCGUCCAAAAAGUUGGACAAGAAAGAUGGCACGUCGCGUGGUAGCUCUGCUGCUGAUCACGGCCGGAUGUCUCCCGCUAGCGUACGGCGUGUGUGUACCGACCAUGGGAAUGUCCUGCGUGUUCGAGAGUCUCAACAUGCUCAAGGACGGUACGGCAACACUGCGGCAGCUAGAACCGAACAGGUACUACAGCGUCCGGGUGCAGACGCUCCGUGUGGCCAACAAUCCGUCCGGCCCAUUCCUGUCCUUUGUGUCCGAGUUUUUCGACAACGUGGAGUUUGAGACAUUCCGCGAGCCGGUGUUUGCAAUACAGGCCCGAACCAAUCUGAGCAAGGUUCAAGUGUACGAUGCCAAAGCGCUGAAGCAGCUUCAAAUCGCCGACGGUGGGGAUAUCGGCAUCCAGGAGCUGACUUUGUACAACUGUGGGCUGGAUCGUAUCCCGGUUACGAUCGGCAACCUGCCACUGCUGGACUCUCUGACCUUGUAUCAGUGUGCGCUGCGCAACGUGUCGCUCAAAGCGUUCGCCAAGAACACGCGUUUGACCUCGCUCGAUCUGUCGUUCAACGAAAUCGAUACGAUCAUGCCGCUAACCGUGGCGGACAGUGAUAUCGCGCUGGCGAUCGAAAACCUAUACCUGACCUCGAAUCGGCUGGAAAGCCUCGACAUGACCGCGUUCGACGGCCUGUCCAGGCUGGUGAUGCUCGAUCUGCGCUACAACAAUCUGGCGAAGGUAGCCGCGGAACGUACGAUCACCUGGUCCAUGAUGGAGAUAUUCGACGUCAGCAACAACCAGCUGCGCACGCUCGAUCUGCAAUGGUUGUCGGCACCGAACCUGAAGCGGCUGCUGCUGAGCAACAACCUGCUGGACAAGAUCCCGGCACGGUUGCGCCGGUUCCCCCGGCUCCAGCUGGUCGGCUUCGCGGACAAUAAGUUCGCUGGCAUCGAUCUUGCACCGCUCAACGGACUGCCCACGCUGAAUUCGCUCGACUUUUCCAACAAUCCCAAGACGCGGUACAUACGCAGCUCACGCCCGAUUCGGUUGCCCGAGCUGGACUCGCUGUACGUGGAGUUCUGUUCGGUGAGUCGGUUCAACACCAGCGGGAUAGAGCUGCCAGUCGUUAGCUUCAUCAGUUUGGCACACAACAACUUCAGCACGGUUCCACCGCUCGGGCUCGCAUUCCCGUCGAUCACCUCGUUCAGCCUGUACAACAAUCCGAUACCUUGCGGGACGUUGAAGGCACGAUCGGAGCUGAUCCUUUCCGGGCGACUGAUUAUGGGCCCACCGCAGGAUGCAGCGAGCUGUCCGAGCGGUUCCUUCGACAUUGCCCAGGACUACGCGGUGUGCUGUAAAGCUUGAGAGAUCCCUACCGUCACUGUUGAAUAAAGAGUCCAUUUCUCCACACCAUGUACGGGGUGGGACACUGUG